UUCAUUUGGAAUUUCCGCUUGUUGAAGACCUCAAGGCCUCUUUUCCCUCGGUUAACCAGAAACGUCACGCCAGCUUGUGUGAACUGACAGGUUCCUACUGCAAACAAAAACUGAAAGGCUAAGGAGUAUGGACGACGACGUGCUUACAACUCUGAAAAUACUGAUAAUUGGAGAAAGCGGUGUGGGGAAGUCAAGUCUACUCUUGAGAUUUACAGAUGAUACGUUUGAUCCAGAACUUGCAGCCACCAUUGGUGUGGAUUUCAAAGUAAAAACCAUUUCGGUGGACGGUAACAAGGCGAAGCUCGCAAUAUGGGACACAGCUGGCCAAGAGCGCUUCAGAACGCUGACACCUAGCUACUAUCGUGGCGCUCAGGGAGUUAUCCUGGUGUAUGACGUUACGAGACGUGACACUUUUGCCAAGCUUGAUAACUGGCUAAAUGAGCUGGAGACGUACUGUACAAGAAAUGACCUCGUGAAAAUGCUGGUUGGAAACAAGAUUGAUAAAGAAAACCAUGAGCUUGACAGGAACGAAGGCCUGAAGUUUGCGAGAAAACAUUCCAUGCUUUUUAUAGAGGCUAGUGCGAAGACCCGGGACGGAGUGCAGUGCGCGUUCGAGGAGCUGGUGGAGAAGAUCAUCCAGACCCCGGGGCUGUGGGAGAGCGAGACGCAGGGUCGGGGGGUGCAGCUGUCCGACGAGGAGGGGCACGGCCGGGGCGGCUGCGGGGGGUACUGCUCCGUGCUGUAAACCCCCCCGCAGGAGAACCCCCCUCCCCCUUAAACACCACGCAUUACGGCAGAUUUAAGGAGAGAGAGAAAAUAAAGAGAAAACAGACGAGGAAAGCAUCAUUUUUUUAAAACCGUUUGAACAGCCUCUGAAGUGUAAAUAGUCCUUGCACGUUUUUCGCGGCUGUGCUCUUAGGGACGUCGCCGCUUGCACACUUCCCCUCCGUAUCAUGGCAGCGCUCGGCGAUCGUUAAGCCCCGCCCUCGUCCCGCCAGACGACGUUCGCUGAGCCCGUCCGCUCCGCCCCCUGCAGUCCCCGCCCCCCCCCUAAGCACAGCUGCCCUCACCAUGGCGAUGGCUGGCGAACACAAUGUAGGUGUUUGUCCCUGAAGUGGAGAGGGCAGAACAUUCAGAGGCUCUAGUGUGAACAGUCAGUGGCAUUUAUCCAUCCAUGCUGCCUUUUACCAUUUUAUUUCAUUGUUUUUUUUGUUUGUUUGUUUUUUUUCUUCGUUUUAUCUUGUGUUCUUGGUGACACCUUUCUGUUCUAGGACACAAAAAUAUCUUUCGUUUUUGUUCCCCCCGUCCUCUUGCCUGUGCCCCCGCCCUCUCAUAUGUGCAGACUAGCAGAUGUGAUGCAUUCUACCCAGGCGUACACAACCUUAUUCCUAAAAAGGGAUGUCUGUAGUAUGAAGUUGCUUUUCCCUUAGAGGCUCUUUGAACGUUUCGUCAGAUGAAGUUUAAGCUGUUGAUAUGUUUCACUCAGCCUGACCGGAGACUUGCAGAUAAUGUACCCCCCCCCCCCCCCCCAUGUUUCAGAACUGGGUGUUUGUUCAAAAUAGUUACCAACACGUUGGAACUACGCUUUACUAUUACUAAUGUGGAGUCCAUGCUUGAAAUAUGUGAAAGGUUUAUUAAUCAAACACUCUGGCACCCUCGACAGUCUGUUGCACACUAAAAGAGUAGUGAAAGGUGCGUGUCUGGCCUGGUUAUCCAGGGUUUAAACACCCGUGUCCCACUCCUGACCUUCAGCUCGCUUAAGAGCUGUCUCUGACUGAGCCUCGUACCAAACCGAUAAAACUAAAGACGUUUAAAAAGCAAAGACUGAGAACACCAACACGGGGUUUCCCCUGGGAGAGAAAUGAGAGGCACAGCAUUCUGAGUACACUUAUUAUUAUUAUUAUUAUUAUUAUUAUUAUUAUUAUCAUCUUCAGUUUGUCACGUUUCAUUUAAUUUGAAGCUGGUUGUCUGUUAUGUGGUGUCCUUGCAUGUGCGAUAUCCUUUAUCCUUAUCCCUGCCUGUAGUUGAGUGCUUAGGCGCAGGAGUGUACACUGGUGUACCGAAACACAUGCCUUUUUUUGUCUGUUCAUAAUAUAAUUUUUUUGAUUUUUCUUUUUUUUUAAUUGCAUGGAAAACUGUGUUUUGGCACAGGAAUGCAUACCCUUUUCCACUUGUUUAUUCAAUAAUAAAUGGUAUUAAUAACCUGCAAAGGUAUCGUGUUAUAUACGCUUUCACAUUGUAAGGAUGGUGACUUUUCUUGUAAUGAACAUUUUUAUUGAGUAAUUUACAUGGGGAAUGUACAGUCACUGUGACAAACUGCAUUUAGUAAAUUACAUUUAUUUUUUAAAUCAAUUACAGAUAUUAUUUAUAUUCUAAUGAUGUUGUAAUUUCAAGGAAAUACCCACCAAGCAUACAUGGUUAUGUAUAAACCUGCAUUUGCUAAACAUUCUUUAAGGACUGGUGUUAGUUGUAAUUAAUGCAGUUGUUCAUUCUAAACCACAUACUGAGGUGAUGAGUCUUAGUUUAAUAUUGUAAAAUAAACUGGCAUUGCUUCUAAGUAA